GGGCGGGCCCGGCCGGGGCGGUGGCGGCGGCAGCGGAACCGGGCGGGCGGCGCGGCCAUGGAGGCGCCCUCGGUACCGGACGCCUCGGCGACGGGGCGGGGGCCCAUCAAGGGCAUCCUGAAGAAGAGCGGCAGCAAGGCAUCGUCCGGAGCAGCCGUGGGGGCGCGACAGGCUAGCCAGGCCUGCGACGAGGACGAGCACGGUAAAAAAUCCCAGAAGUGGGAUGAAAUGAACAUCAUAGCUACGUAUCACCCUGCAGGCAAAGAUUAUGGCUUGAUGAAAAUUGAUGAGCCAAGUACUCCUUACCACAGCAUGAUAGGAGAAGAUGAUGAGGAUGCAGUGAGUGAUUCAGAAUAUGAGCCCUUAAGAGCAGAUGUGUUGAGUAAAAAACUGGCAGCUGCAGCUGAAGGUAGAGGACCCAAGAUUAUAACAAGGCAAGAAGAAAGCAGUGAAGAGGAGGACGAGGAUGAAGAAUUAACACCUGAAGAACGGGAGAAAAAGAAACAGUUUGAAAUGAAGAGAAAAAUGCACUACAAUGAAGGAAGAAACAUCAAACUGGCAAGGCAGCUCAUUGCGAAAGAACUACAUGGUGAAGAAGAGGAAGAUGAUGAGGAUGAAGAGAUGCGUGAUGCUGCAGAUGUAGAAACAAUGAGUACAGAAGCUACCGAACAUGACUGAGAUUUCUUGCUGAUUGAAAUGAAGAUGGCCAGUCCAGUCAGUGAUGCACAUGUUACUCGUGACCAGCUGGAAAGUAGAGCACACAGCAUAGAAGAAAUCUGUCCAGAACUGUAACUGCUUGUCAAAGACACAAAUAUAAACAUCGCUUCAUGAUUUUUGCAAUUAAGGCUCUUAAAUGUUAAGAAGCAUAUCAGUUACAAUGUUGUAUUGCCAAGAAUGUUAAUUUUAGACUUGUCCAUUAGGCAGAAAACACUGUCUAAUUGAUUUUUUUCUUGUGCCUAGUAUUUCAUGGAGAAUACUGCUUCAUAAUUUGUUCGACCAGAAUGGCAUUCCCUGUAUGUAUAGCGCUGAUUAUCUUGUGUGAUGUACUGUUUCUCUUGCUUUGAAACACUCACUAUCUUUUGGGUUUUCACUAUUUAUUUGAGAGUGUUCUAGAUGUGGUGUCUCAUACAGAAAGUCUUGGGAUUCAAGAGCCAAACGGUACAGCAUGUAUCAGAUUGACAUGUAAGCUAUUUAUCAGAUGUGUUAAGCAGUUUAAAAAGGGAUUAUUCAAGUCCUACAACUUUUUUUUUUGUAAAAUGUUGACCUGUUAAUCUAGAUUUCAGUACAUUUUUACCUGCACUUUCCCAGUCUUUAGAACAAGAGCUGUGUUAUUUCUUAAGAGCGGUGUUUGGAAUUGGUUGUUAGUUUCUGACUAAAGCAGUACUAACAUCUGGUGGAGGGAGUGUUUUUACACUGGAAACGGCUAACUUGAACUUUGCAUUUAACAUUCAUAACCUCUUCCAUCAGGACUGGUUGUUUUGUGGAGCUCUCUCUGGCUUAUUGUGAGAAUGUGCAAGUUUCCUCCAGCUUUUCUCUUAAAAUCACAUCCACUGUUACUCUUCUGGCUCUUGUUUCAAACGUUUGGUUCUUUCCAGUUGCAUGAACAGUGUUUGCACUGUUAGCACCUGAGGAAAAACACCCAGCCAUGAUGAGGAAAUAUACAUCAGGACUGAAGAUGUGCUGAGCUUAGGCUCUGGCUGUUGUUUAUCAAAGAUAACUGCUGUUGAUCUACUCAUUUGAGGUUGGCAACUUCCAUACUGAAAACCACUGGUCUAAAUCUUCCUGUGUCCAUUGCAACUUACAGCAACUGCUUUUAUAAAAUGAAGGCUUUUUGGAAGCUUGAAGGGAAACUGCUUAAUUGAAAUACUUGUUUACAGUGUGGUUGUAUAGCUGUAAAGAGGGAUUCUGUACCUCCGAAUUGCUGUAAAAACUUCCCACUGGGUGGAAUUUGACUGGUGAAUGUUCCAGUAUCAGAGUAGUUUCUGGGUUUUAUUACACAAACGAAGUACACACUUAAGCUUUAGCUUGGUUAUGAAAUACAGUGUAUAUCUUAAUUUUGAUCUGAAUUUGAUAUGUUGCAAAAAUCCAUAUAAUUAUAUGGAUCUAUUUUAAAAUGUCUUUUUUCUCCACUGUAUAUGUGAAGUUUGAAUAAAGGAAUGAAAGUUAUUUUACAGUUA